AUGGGAGAUGCUAGGGCUCACAGUAUACAGGCUUCAGGAAAGAAGGCUGCAAAGAAGGGCGGGGGCUUCCUGUCGGGAGCUGCUAAGCCACAGAAGGUCCAAAAGGCCGACUGGAGUGAGGGGCUUACGAAAAAGAAGGCGGCGGGUGUGCCAGACAUGACACUAUUGAGCACGAUCACCAACGAAUCUAUCAACGAUAACCUCAAAGCCCGAUUUCAGAACCAGGAGAUCUAUACAUAUAUCGCCCAUGUGUUGAUUUCCGUCAAUCCUUUCAGGGACCUCGGUAUCUAUACCACAGACGUUCUCGACUCAUAUCGAGGCAAGAACCGUCUAGAGAUUGCUCCCCACGUGUUUGCUAUUGCCGAAUCAGCCUACUAUCGAAUGACGACCGAGAAGGAGAAUCAAUGUGUCAUCAUUUCCGGUGAAUCCGGAGCAGGCAAGACGGAAGCCGCAAAGAGGAUCAUGCAGUAUAUCGCUGCCGUAUCGGGAGGAGAUAGUGGCAGUGGAAUCGAAGGGGUCAAGGAGAUGGUGUUGGCUACCAACCCUUUGCUGGAAAGUUUCGGAUGUGCGAAGACGCUGAGGAAUGACAAUUCCAGUCGACAUGGUAAAUACCUCGAGAUCAUGUUCAACGGCAUGGGACAACCUGUUGGUGCCCAGAUCACAAACUACUUGCUGGAAAAGAAUCGUGUUGUUGGUCAAAUCACCGACGAGAGGGAUUUCCACAUCUUCUACCAGUUCACCAAGGGCGCAAGCGCCGAGAUGAAGGAGGCUUUCGGUCUGCAGGGUCCCGAGUCUUACGCCUACACCAGUCGAAGUGGCUGUCUUGACGUCUCUAGCAUCAACGAUGUGUCAGACUUCCAAGAGACUUUGCGAGCGAUGCAAGUCAUCGGUCUCUCAUCCGACGAGCAAAACUCCAUCUUCCGUGUCCUUGCUACCAUCCUCUGGUUGGGCAACAUUGAGUUCGCCGAAGGAGAAGACGGCAACGCUAUCGUCACUGACCCCGGUGUGGCGGAUUUCGCUGCCUAUCUCUUGCAGGUAGACUCCCAUCAGCUGCAAAAGGCGCUUUUGAUCCGUAUCAUGGAGACACAAAGAGGUGGACGAAGGGGAAGUGUCUACGAGGUUCCUCUGAACGUGGCGCAGGCCAACUCGAGUAGGGAUGCCUUGUCCAAGGCUUUGUACAACAACCUGUUUGAGUGGAUCGUCAGCCGAGUCAACGUCUCGAUGAAGCCUCAGAGCGCUUCCGAAUAUGUCAUCGGUGUUCUUGAUAUCUAUGGCUUCGAAAUCUUCCAAGACAACAGUUUCGAGCAGCUCUGUAUCAACUAUGUCAACGAGAAGCUUCAGCAGAUCUUUAUCGAGUUGACUCUCAAGGCUGAGCAAGAGGAGUACGUCCGAGAGCAGAUUAAGUGGACCCCUAUCAAGUUCUUUGACAAUGCCGUGGUUUGCUCUUUGAUCGAGGAUAAACGACCUGCCGGUAUCUUUGCCACCUUGAACGAUGCCACAGCUACCGCCCACGCCGACCCCUCAGCUGCCGACAACUCUUUCAUCCAGCGCUCCAACAUGCUUUCAGCCAACCCCAACUUUGAGUCCCGAGGCAACAAGUUCCUCAUCAAGCACUAUGCUGGUGAUGUCUUGUACUCUGUCGCCGGUAUGACGGACAAGAACAAGGAUCAACUGUUGAAGGAUACGCUUGAUUUGAUCGAGGGCAGUCAGGACAAGUUCUUGCAUACCUUGUUCCCCGACAAGGUGGACCACACCUCCAAGAAGAGGCCGCCUACGGCUGGUGACAAGAUUAAGCUGUCUGCCAACUUGCUCGUCGACAAUUUGAUGAAGUGUCAACCUCACUAUAUCCGAACCAUCAAACCUAACCAGCACCGAUCUCCCUCUGAAUACGACGACAAGGCCAUUCUGCAUCAGAUCAAGUAUCUUGGUCUGCAAGAAAACAUCCGUGUCCGUCGAGCCGGUUUCGCCUACCGAGCCGAGUUCUCCAAAAUGAUUCAACGCUUCUACCUCUUGUCUGGCGCCACGUCCUACGCUGGUGACUACAUCUGGACUGGCGACGACCGAUCUGGUUGUGAGCAGAUCUUGAAGGACGCCAAGAUCAAGAAGGAAGAGUGGCAGAUGGGUGUCACCAAGGCAUUCAUCAAGAACCCCGAGACACUCUUCUAUCUCGAAGGCGAGCGUGAUCGAUACUGGCAUACCAUGGCCUCGCGUAUUCAGCGUGCUUGGAGAGCCUAUGUUCGCCGCAAGCUGGAGGCUGCGAUCAAGAUUCAGAGGUUCUGGAGGAAUCAGAGGGAGGCUUUGGAGUAUGAGAGAAAGAGAGAGUAUGGGCAUGAAGUGUAUGCUGGUAGGAAAGAGAGGAGGAGGUUUAGUAUGCUGGGCAUGAGGAAGUUUAUGGGUGAUUACCUCGAUGUCGGGGGAGGAAGCGCUCAGGGUGAGAUGCUGAGGAAUGCGGCGACUAUAUCGCCUGCUGAGCAGGUCCACUUCAGUGCUCGAUCAGAGCUACUUAUCUCCAAGCUUGGUCGAUCGAGUAAACUGAGCCCUCGGUUCCUUAUCGUCACGGACAAGGCGGUGUACUUUGUUGUUUCGCAAAACAAGGACGGCCGAGUCGUCACCUCUCUUGAGCGAAAGAUUCCUCUUGUCACCAUCAGGGCAAUCUCCUUGACCAACCUGCGAGACGACUUUGUCGCUCUCAAUGUCAACUCUUGCGAAGAGGGUGACCCUAUCUUUACUUGUCCCCUCAAGACUGAAAUGAUGUGCACCAUCUUGACCUUGACUGGAGGCAACAUGAACGUCAACAUUGGCCCGACUAUCGACUAUGCCAAAAAGAAGGAGAAGCGAGCCGUCAUCAAGGCUCAAAAGAACGAGGCUGUUACUGGAGAGGCUACUUACAAGAGUCACACCAUCCAGGUCGGUUCUGGUGAGCCCGCAACAAGCCGUUCAAACCCCAUGCCUCCUCGGAAACCCAAGGCUCCCAAAGCCUCGAGGACUCUCAACAAGCCUAGCCGAGUUGUUGGUGGUAACCGCCCUGCGGCGGUGACGCUUCCCGGUGCUACCAAACCCUCUGCACCUGCUGCUAUGGCCAGUAUGCCAUCUGCCGCCCCUGUUGCCAAGGCCGCCCCCAAAGCCCCUGCGGCCUUCGGUGGUGCUGCCCGUGCUCCUCCAGCCAUUCCUGGGCGAGGCGCCCCUCCCCCGCCUCCGCCACCUCCUGUCGCUGGCCCACCCAAGGAGAUGUACAAAGCCUUGUACAACUUUGCCGGGCAGGCUGGGGAGAUGAACUUGGUGAAGGGAGAAGAGGUCGAGGUCAAGGAGAAGGAUGAUAACGGAUGGUGGAUGAUUGCAAAGGAUGGGCAGGAGGGCUGGGCUCCUUCGAAUUAUUUGAAACUGAUCCCACGAGCUGCUCCCGCUCCCCCACCUCCUCCUCCUGCCAACAGGCCUCCCCCAUCUAUCCCGUCUGCAGCUAGUGCCGGCAACGGCUCUGCGGUCCCCUCAUGGAAAGCCAAGAACGCCGCCGUCUCCAACGACUCUUCUCCUGCCUCUUCCCGCCCGGCCUCAUCAGCAGCCAAGGUCCCUCCAGCCAUCAAGGCCAAACCGGCCAUUCCCGCCAAGCCGUCUAUACCCGCUAAACCCCAGUUUGGCGCCAAGCCUGCUCUCGGGGCGCCUGCUGCUGGUGGAAAGCCGCCCAUUCCCACGGCGCCAAAGUUCCAGCCGCAAGCUGCUUCCAAGCCGGGCAAGAUCAACCAGCCGGGUAAGACUUCGGGUCAAUUAGAUUUGGGUGCUGCUCUUCUGAAGCGUGCUCAAAGGCCCCCAGAGGAUGAUUAG